AGUUCCAGUCCGCGGCUCGUCCCCCGUGAGGCGGCGGCCAGGAUGGGGGCGGCUGCGAGGCGGGCCGGCCCGAGGGCACUGCUGCUGCCGCUGGCGCUGGCCGUGGCGUGCGCGGCGCGCAGCGCCGACGGGCCCAGCAACAUGUCCUACGUGAAGGAGACUGUGGACAGGCUGCUCCAAGGCUACGACAUCCGCCUCCGCCCCGACUUCGGAGGUCCGCCCGUGGAUGUGGGCAUGCGGAUAGAGAUCGCCAGCAUCGACGUGGUCUCGGAAGUCAACAUGGACUACACCCUGACCAUGUACUUUCAGCAGUCCUGGAGGGAUAAAAGGCUCUCUUAUUCUGGAAUACCUUUGAAUUUAACUCUGGACAACAGAGUGGCUGACCAGCUCUGGGUGCCGGACACGUAUUUCCAAAAUGACAAGAAAUCAUUUGUCCAUGGGGUGACAGUGAAAAACCGGAUGAUUCGACUCCAUCCAGAUGGGACAGUCCUUUAUGGCCUACGGAUCACAACAACAGCUGCUUGCAUGAUGGAUCUACGCAGAUAUCCUCUGGAUGAACAAAACUGCACACUAGAAAUUGAAAGUUAUGGGUACACUACUGAUGAUAUUGAAUUUUACUGGAAUGGAGGAGAGUCAGCAGUAACAGGAGUUAAUAACAUUGAGCUCCCACAAUUUUCUAUUGUGGAUUACAAGAUGGUAUCAAAGAGAGUGGAAUUUACAACAGGAGCAUAUCCUCGAUUAUCACUCAGCUUCCGGCUUAAAAGAAAUAUUGGAUACUUCAUUUUGCAAACCUAUAUGCCUUCCACGCUGAUCACAAUUCUGUCAUGGGUGUCUUUUUGGAUCAAUUACGAUGCCUCCGCAGCCAGAGUUGCUCUAGGAAUCACGACUGUGCUGACCAUGACCACCAUCAGCACCCACCUCAGGGAGACCUUGCCAAAGAUUCCCUAUGUGAAGGCAAUAGAUAUUUACCUGAUGGGAUGCUUUGUGUUUGUGUUCCUGGCCUUGCUGGAAUAUGCCUUUGUAAACUACAUAUUCUUUGGGAAAGGACCUCAACGUCAAAAAAAGACAGCAGGCAGGGCAGGACAUGCUACAGGCGAGAAGAGCAAAUUGGAAACAAAUAGAGUCCAGGUUGAUGCCCAUGGAAACAUGCUUCUCAGACCACUUGAAAUACGAAAUGACGUUGGCAGCUCAGAUGUGUUCACGAGCCUCCGUGACCCCCGAGCCACCACGUACACGUACGACAGUGCCAACCUGCAGUACAGAAGAGCCACUUCCAGCAGAGACCUCUACAACAGGAGUGCUCUGGACAGGCACAGGCUCCAUAAAAAAGGACACUUACGCAGGAGGGCAUCCCAGAUCAAAGUCAAAAUCCCUGAUUUGACUGAUGUUAACCUGAUAGACAAGUGGUCCAGAAUGGUCUUUCCUAUCAUGUUUAUUCUUUUCAAUGUUGUUUACUGGCUGUAUUAUGUCCACUAA